AUGGUGUUUCCGGACUACUACUUCUUUGCCGAAAGACGUUUGGUAAACCAUACCAUUGAAAAGAAAGGCGUCAAUAACUUGGAUGACUGUGAGCUACUGUGUUACCUGAACGACCACUGUGUCAGUCUUAACUUCGAAAAAGAUCCAGAGAAUAAUAGACCACUUCACAUCUGUGAACUAAAUAACGCCACUCAUCUAAAAUACGACAGUCAUUUGACAACUAAUGCCACUUUUUAUUGUCGCGGCUCGAAGGUGAGUUACAAAUCGAUUUUUCGAAGUUAUCGCCUUUGAAUAAUAUUAUAACAAAAUUAAUCUUUAUACAAAUUUUUUGUGUAUUCGAUCAUUCGGUAUUUCGUUUCUCCUUUUUUUUUUAGAACGCUUGUGACAAGAGUCCCUACUGCGAAAAUAACGCAACUUGCCAGUCUGGAUUUACACUCAAGGGAUAUCGAUGCUUGUGUCCUCCUGGAUUCAAAGGAGAAUAUUGUGAAAAGGGUAUGAGUCUAAGUCAACACUUGAAAUGAACGUAUAUGAGAUUUUUUCUGAUUUUCAAUGCUGGUAUGACAACUGUUCUUUAGUUGCUGAAAGUGGCGUGAAUUUAUGUCAUUGUAUAACGUGCUGAAUCUUAGAAUCUAAGAAAAAUUUCUUACUAUAUUUUAUUGAGCGUGUGUAAUGUAUUCUUCGUUCGCUCGUUUGUAUAUUUUGGUUUUAUUUUGUUUUGGUUUGUCUGCUUGUUUGUUGUUUUUUUGUUUUGUUUUUUGUAUUUGUAUUUGUUUUUGUUUUUUUGUUUUAUCUUUUAUUAUUUUUUAUUUACCUUGAAUGUUCGACGCCUUUCCAUGGCAAAAUAAGAGCAGUUCAUUCGUAUGUCGAGUGCUUAAUAAAGUAACUGCAAGGAGAGCUCAGAAAUAAUAGCUUAAUUGAAAAGUACGGCCAGAGAACUACUAAAAGCAGGAAGCUACAAAUAAAUUGAGGUUUUUGUGAGUUGCUGAGUUGCUGAGUUCCUAUGGCUGUUUGAUAGAAAUCAAAAUGCUUAUAUCUGUAAUUGAUAUUUAUUCAUGUAUUUUUUUUUUUGGUCCUUCUUUCUUUCUAAUUUUACGACAGAUAAAUGUGAGGCAUUCAUUGGCAAAUGUCACAGGGAGGCUACGUGUAAUAACACAAACGGAUCAUACGUGUGCAUAUGCAAAUCUGGAUUUAUCGGAGAUGGGCAUAAUUGUACAGGUAACCUUCAUUAGUCUCAAAAGCCUUUAGAUUCUUGUUGAAUAAUGUAAUGAGAUUUUGUUUGGUUCGUUGUUUGUUGAUGUUUAUUUUGGUAACGUGGCAAGCCAUAUUUUAAUUGUUUAGAAUAGGUGAGACAGUUACCUGACUAAAAAGUUAUCAAGAGAUAGGUUUUUGCGUAGACAACUUUUUUCAUCAGGUACGACAAUCUCGCGUUCUCGCAAUCCAGCAGAAGAUUGAAAACAGCCGCGGCUUGCACUCUUUAAACACGGUAAUGGCUUAUGCACAACAAUUUUUGCAUAAUUUCGAAAUCCCAUUUUUUUUUAUCUGUGAUUUCAUAGACAUUGACGAGUGUAAAGGAAACCACUCUUGUCACGAGAACGCAAACUGCACCAACACCAAUGGAUCACAUUUAUGCGAUUGUCAGCCUGGAUAUACUGGAAAUGGCCAAAACUGCACAGGUAAAUUCGGAAUAGCAAGGAAAUGCGGUCAAGGAUGAUUUAUUUUAGUUCGUUCUUUCUUUUUGGUAUAUAUAACGUGUUUUGUGCUCCCGUAGCAAAACAAGAGCAGUUUAAAGCGUAUGCUUUAGAUAACACAGUAAAGGCUUAUGCCACGGCAAUAUUUGCAUAAUUCUGAAAUCCCAUUUUUUCAUCUGUGGUUUCAUAGACAUUGACGAGUGUAAAGGAAACCACUCUUGUCAUGAGAAUGCAAACUGCACCAACACCAAUGGAUCACACGUAUGCGAUUGUCAGCCUGGAUAUACUGGAAAUGGACAAAAUUGCACAGGUGAAUUCGGAAUAGCAAGGAAAUGCGGUCAUGGAUGAUUUAUUUUAGUUCUUUCUUUUUUUUUUUUGUAUAUAUAACGUGUUUUGUGCUCCUUUAGGAAAACAAGAGCAGUUUAUAGCGUAUGCUUUAGAUAGUCUUUGCCAUGCCAAAGAAAAAAAUUGAAAAAAUAGCGGUUUGAAUUGUAGGUCCAACCCGAGAAUCGCAUGAAACAAAAAAAUUGCAAAUAAGUGUUCCACUUUUUUUCAUAUACAUGUACAUGUAUGACUUUUGAAUAAAACACAAAUUCCAUUUUUCAUUCUUUUCUACUUUUUCUUUUCUUUUCUUUUUUUUUUUUUGACAGAUAUUGACGAAUGCAAAACAUAUUCCAACAAAUGUGACGUAAAUGCUCUUUGUAACAACACGCAUGGAUCACACGUUUGCAUAUGCAAACCUGGAUAUACUGGAGAUGGACGCAACUGUACAGGUACAGUCAAUAAUUUCAGCGUUUUGACUAUUGCAAUGAAUUUUUGUCUGUUGUUGUUGUUUUUUUUAAGCGCGCACGAAGCAGCUAGAGCACGAACGAAGUGUAGAGAGAAACGCUAGACGUAGUCGAGAAGCAUUUUCUCUCUGCUCACGUUAUGAUAGCGUAAAUUACGGCGCUUGGUAUGUUUUGAAACCUUAAUUUGGUUCUUCUGUUACUACUUCGCUCAUUCCGAAAUUUUACUUUCAAUUAAUAAAAAAAGAUAGGGAGAGGUUCGAGAAAUGGUCAGACUAAGUAUAUGUUUUCAGUACACUGAUAGAGGACUCUUCUUCGACCGAUGACAGAACGCGUUAUAUCCAAACUUUAUCAUAAUGAGUAUUGGAUUAUUUCUAUUACCCCGCCUUAAAUCAUGUUACGGACCCCUUCAUCGUUGAUGCUUUUUGCGUCUUUCUGCCAUUGCAUGGGCGAUGCAACAAUAAUAGACGACGGCGUGAAACGUUCUUUUGAUUGACAUUCGUUGUAGCUUGAUUAUGACGAAAUGUAUGUUCUCUUUUAGACAUCGACGAAUGCGGCGAAGCUCAUGCAGUGAAAAUGAACAACUGCCAUCCGAAUGCCUCUUGCACUAAUACUCAGGGCUCAUACAACUGUUCCUGUAAACCUAAAUACAUUGGGAAUGGUACAAACUGUAAAGGUACGUUUGGUAUCCACCAUGCCAUUAAAUUAGUUAAGAUGGCUAUAGGUUAGACUCGAUCUGAAUCUUUCCUAUUCAGGUGGCCAUUAACGACCAUAUUGCUGCUUAGUUAUAUAUAAAGUACGUUAGCUACGCGUUAAUUCUGCCGAAAGCUGUCUUUAAUGCGUUAUUGAAGAAAGAGGAAACACAAAUUCAGAGACUGCUUUUCGUAGUUUAUAAAUUUUAUUUCCAAUAUUUAUUUCUUAGCCUCAUGGUCCGAAAAUGCCCCACGCAAGUAUUACUUCACCUCUCUAAUUUUAAUGUAGUUGUCUUCUUUAAUAACCCAAGUCCUGUUGUAAUAAUUAUUUCACUUUGUAGCCGAUCAUUGCUAUCAUUAUAAAAAUCUGAGUGAUGCGAAUAGAAAGAUGAGUUACGUAACACCUGCCGAUUCAAGUUCGUGUGACAGCCCAUUAUCUGAGGGAUGGUAUCGUUUUGUAGGAGCUGCGGGAACAAAAAUGCCAACAAAGCGUGUGCCAGCAUACAGAUGUGGUACAGACUGGUCAGGCUGGUUGGAUGGUUCUCAUCCUACAGUGGAAGAUGGUAAAGUUCAAAGGACGGUCUGCUUUAGUAAUCGCCCUAAUGGUUGCAAAGAGUUAAAGAAGAUUUUUGUGAAAAACUGUGGAUCAUACUAUAUCUACGAACUUUUGAAGCCUCCAAGCUGUAAUGCACGUUACUGUGGCACAGACAAAAUUUAAAGCAAAAAUUUUAAGAGAUAAGAGAACUCAUAAAUUGAUCCUUAGGUGCACAUAAUCUAGGAACUUUUCGAAGUCCUCUUUUAUGAUAAUCAUUAAUUUUUUCUAUAAUUUUUUUACGCUGAUGAUUUCCCUUUGACGUGUAAUCAAAAAUACUUUGAAUUUCACAUUUUACAAAGUAUCUCUUUCAUAAUUGUAAUCACAAAUAAUUAAUUUCUGCUAAAAGAAUUACUAGUAAACACAAAGAAGAGUAUAGAAAGGAAAAUGCUUAAAUAGUUAAAUCCUAGACAAGCAGGAAUCAGCAUGAUAACUGACAAAACAUGACGAAUCUCUUUUCUCUAAACGUUAGAAGCUGCUAUACAGGACGCAAUAUAUAGCACAGUAUGGUAAUUUAGCUUCAGUUUGUAUAGGUAAUCACUUGAUUUCGAAGCAUAUUCAAAAUAUUCUUGAUGGUUUCCGUAACACCUUGAAUGUAAACCAUAGUAGCAUCAAACCAUGUCUGAUUGUCCACCUGGUUGCUGUGUAAACUUUAAUAUAUUUUUUAGAUACCAAGAUUUUUCUAACCGAUGAGACUGCCCUUUAAAAAAUAGAAAAUUUAAAAACAGCCUUGUGCGCUAAAAGAAUUGUUCUCGAAACUAACCGAAGUAAACGCGUUCAACAAACAUUUCAAUUAUGUUUUGUUGAAUUUCCGUAGCAUUUAAAUCACCAAGAGAUGUUACUCUGUGACAGUUUUUUUGCUCCAUUGAAACAUAAAUAUUUGGAAUCUUCCAUAAAAAAAACCUUGAAUACAGCAGAACCAUUCUUUCGAAAUUUAAUAUCUUUGAAGAACAAAAUACCAGCCACUGGAUUGUUUUUAAGCAACUAUGUCCAACAACUGUUACAAGGCCCGGUGUGACGUACAUGUCACGAACGAUGGUCUCAGCGUGUCGUCACAGCACAGCAUAGAAAUACACAAUCAAAAUAUUGUCAUUUCCAGACUGGAAAUGGAUAAUUGUCUACAGUUCCUGCUGGGGCGUAAGUUUAUUUCAUUGUGCUAACCCGUGAGGUCUGUAAAAAGACAUUUAUUUGUAAAUAAAUUUGCAAGUUUGCCAGCCCAAACUGUAUCAUUAACCGCAUCAACAACUUGGUGCGGUACCUUAAACGAGUCGAAGAGUGCUUGAUCCCUCUGUUAGGACAGGUUGUAUGGGGGUUCGUGCCAAAAUUGACAGAGUAUUAAAGCUAAAAAACCCUCAGGGAUAAAUAAAACAACUUGAAAACUUCUUCGUUUUUGAAAUAUCAUAACAGUAAAGAAAUUUUUGGCAGGAUAAUUUGAUUUCUUUGCUUUUGAUUCUUGUUCGAAUUAUAGAAGUUACGUCAAUUUUUCAACCAGAUAAGUCGCAUCAUUUUUUCUUUGCAGCAAAAAUGUACACCCAGAAAAACUCAUUGAAAGCCACCAUACCAAUAUGUAUUUGUCAACGUUUGAUCCACUUUACGGAAUUGUAACAUAAACUUAUUAUGAAGCGAAGAAUGUUUCCCACAUUUAUAUGUUUGUAUAAAGCAAUAGACCGCAUUUUCUAUCGGUUUACCAGCGUAGACACCCGUGCAUGACGUUGGGAGAACACGAGAAAAUUGUGUAAAUCACGAGUCGGAAGCGAGUGAUUGUGACUGUUCGGUUACAACGCCGGUUAUCCGAAAGAGAUUACUGUCCAUUGCCCCUAUGAAGUAAACGUCACACAAAACUCAGUGUGUUCAAAUAUUUUAUGAGUUUACCUGUGCAGGGCACUUUGUAGUAACUCAGUUAUUUCAGUUAUUUAAGAGUGGUUCGGAAAAAGUUUAAGCGAGCGCGCUUCCUAAUAAAAACUUAGUGGACACGGUGGAUGUUUUAAUGACUAAAACCCAGUCGGUCCAAAGGAUCGCAACGACAAACAAUGACCCCAUAAAAUAUAGGAAAUUAAAUUUUCCGAGGAUCAAAAAUGUUAUCCUCAUCGGACAUUUGUCCACACCCCUCUUCAGUAAAUCCUGGAUUGUAUUGUGUUUGCAAAACUAAGUAAAAUGUGACCUUUAUAUUAAAACGAAAAAAAACAAACAAGCAAAACAAAACAAAACAAAAAAUAAAGAAAAGUCGUGCCUUUGAAAGAAGUCUUGACCUAGGUUAGAUCUCGUCAAGUGCAAUCAGAUUGCCUAGAUCACUCCAUAUCGGCUCAAGUCGUUUUCUUUUUUCGGUAAAUGUUUCGUCGUUCCCUUAAGUGGCUUUGAAGCACUUUCAAAAGAUCGCUAAAAUUUACGAUAAAAACGAAGUAAAUCCGACAUUCAUGGCAGAGGAAAGGAUGUGGCGUCGAAAGAGAAGCAGACAAUCGUUGUGGAUCAUGUUCAUUCAAAACGUGAAGGUCCUGAUGAACAGCCGUCAGAAACCAAAGGCAGACAUGUAGCGGCAGCUAUCUAUUGUCUCACAAGAUGCCGUCGAAAAAGUUUGGUAACUGUUGUUGCUAUCAUAGUGUCCAUUGCCGUACUUAUCGCAGUGGUGUUUGUAAGAAAACAUCCUACGUAAACCCAUGACCACAACGAGUUAAGAGGUAAGAACUGAUCCGUAUCCUAUAGUUUGAAAGUUAUGUAGGAUGAACCUGGAGACUUCACAGCACCGUUUUGUUUUCCACUCCUUAAGAAGACAUUUGGUAUCUGUUAUUUAAGCAAAACUAACAAAUCUUUUGGAUUUUCCUUCUAAAAUAUUCCAGCUUAAAGUCGGUCUUUCACGUCACUCAAAGAUCUACAAAGUUAUUCAUUGAUUUAAUAUUUUUGGCUACUCGUUGCCCUUAUGAGCAAAGUUUAUCAAUCAAUGGCAGAGGGAAGAUAUUAGAUUUUAAGCUAUUGACGUUUUAUGGAGUAGUGACCACUCCUCUAAACAGAUGGUCUCUGGCGUUUGUCACACUGCAGAUACAAUCCAUUUCGAAAAGCUGGCAGCAAUCCAUCAUUCGAAUUCGUUGACACUUACUCAAACACCCUUGAACCAUCACCUGGGCAAGUUCCGGCAUCGAUAAUCACGAAAAAAUAAACUUUAUCUAGAUCUCGGGACAACCAGGGAUUAAAGAAACUCACAAUUGCACGAAUAUGUUACCUAAAUCCGCCUGCACAAAAUGUCCAAAUCUUGAAAACAUCGGAAAAAUAUUAUCUGGCUUAAUCCGUCUUACGGCAUGGAUAAUUAUAAGAAAUGUCACUCAUUCAUAGGAUUGCAUUUGUAAUAGAUAAUCAUUUUAACAAAUCGCACAAACUCCAUAACAUUUUCAAUGAGAAUAACCUAAAAGUGACAUACCGCUUUACACCAAACAAGAAAACACAGUCCAAAAAAUAUAAAAACUGAAAGAUCCUGAAUUAAUUCUACAAAGCUUAACCGAAAGCUCCAAAAUAGAGUGAUUAAAGGGUUAAGGUCCUCAUCAUCAGGUGAGUGAGUGACGAAUAACGUAAUCUACGAUGUCACGUGUCAGUAUAAUUGACAUAGGUGAUUGGAGAGAUACGCGUCCUCUGAUUGAUCGAGCAUUGCAUCAUACCUCGCUUUAAUCGCCUCGCAGGAGAUGAUUAUAGUAGGGACUGGCUGCCUCGCGUUUUGGUUAUGCUUCCACGGAAGUGAUAAACGUGGUAAAAGAAAAUUAAAUUGCGAAGAGCACAAAAAUGCUUCUGAGUAUGGUGGAACUUUUUUCAAAAGAGAGAUAUUAAUUAUUUGCUGAUUUAAUUGGCUAAACCUGCAAAACCUCCUUGCUUAUCACGACACGAAUGAAUUGUAACAAAAUAUGCGCAAUGCUCUAUUUGUUUGCAGAAUUGACAACAGAAUUCAAAAGAUCUUGUGCAAUUAAACUGCAACAAUUAUUCGCAUCAAGCUCUGUGAACAUUGUUAUAAUUCCCUCGACUUCGUCUCGGGGAUCAUUAUUCAACAAUAUUCACUUCGCCAUCGGCCAAUAAUUGCUAAGUAGAGGAAGGAGGGAAAUCUACAAGGAACUUUACUUUCGGUAAACUGAAUUGAGUGGGGGGGAGGGAGUUUCUAGAUAAAAUGCGGUGCUGCGUCGGUGGGAGAGUACUACAAAGCAAUUUAGUUUUAUCAACCGAGUUGAUAACGUAAAUUCGCCACCGUGAAGAGUUUAAAAGCUGACGCCUCGGGCGUUAGGCCUUCAUUAGAGCUCCGACGAAGGGCAAACACUCGAAAAGUCACUUUUUAAACUCUUUAUGGUGGCCAUUUUAGUUAAACUGACAUAGAAAAAUGAUUAUGCAUAAAAAAUAUAAGACGAUUGCGUAGUUACGUGCAGUAAGAAAUAUAUCCAAGUAACACAAAUAAGCUGUAAGUAAAGAAGUCAAAUGAUGAGAAAUAUAACAAAAAAUACUCAUAAGGAGGUAGGGAAAAUAAAGGAAAUAAAUUAAUAUACCAAUACAAAAUUACACAAAGGUAAUUAGCAAACAAUUUAGAUCUUACUUCACACAUAAGGUUUUAAUAUUCUAUUGAUCCUCUCGCACUUUAUCAAAAGUUAAUCAGUUGCCAGUCAAUAUUCUUAGUCAUGUCUCCCCCUGUAGACUUUGUCGGUGAUGACUAAUACCCCUCUAUUCCCUCAUAUGUUCCCCUCCCCCCAGAAACCUCCCUUCCCUCUCCCCUCCCCCUUCCGCCCUUCCAAGUGAUCAGCGAUGACUGACCCCUAAUUCUUUAAAAAAUCUAGCAUAAUCAGCGAAAAGGCUUACAACAGUGCUCACAGAUAUUUUGUGUGACAAUACGGCGGUAUGAUCGUAUGAAUGAAACUGUAAGGAAAAGUGUGCGGAUUCAUUUACGGUUUAUUAUGACCAAGGUGAUAAACCAAAAAACAUCUUGCUUUUUCUCGUCGUCCUCAAUAUUCAUGUUUUCUCUUUCAUGGUACAGAAGAAGUCAUUGAUGAUGCUCAAGAUCCAUUUGAAAAAGUGGACUGUAUUAACACUUAUGGCUCUUACAAUCGUACCUGUAAAGGUGACUAUGUCAGACCCUUUCAGCCAUACAAGGACGUGAAUGCGAACUUAACCAAAACUAAUAUCUCCCUCUUAACUGCUCAGGUAAGCAGAGAUACACAGGAGACAGUCGUGAAAAGAAACUUUUAUCAUGUUAACUUAUAUAUAGACUCAACUGGCAGAAUAUCCAACUGCAGUAACUCGAAUCUUAAGGGGCAACUCGGGUUACUUCGUUCUAUGCUCGUUCAAAUCACACCCUUUUUUUUUCUUUAUCGAGUACGUUCUCUUCACAAUACUGACGUACGAUCGCAAUUAUUUUCAUGCCGUCCAAAUAGUAAACUGUCAUUUUAAUACCUCCCGCACUGCUACUCAAGUUCCCCAGACGUGCACUCUUGAAUAUGUAAGGAAUGUUUAUCAUCAGUUUUCUCGAAUAUCAUCCGAAAAUGAAAUCGAUGUAAUUAAAAAUUGUGAAAUAGUUUUAAACUUGGUUUUACUUAAUACGGGCGUGGUAUUUUCCUUAGAACUUAUGGAGCCUUAACAAUCAUUGCUUUCCCAGAUAACUCUAAAAACUAAGGAAAAAUGAUGACGAUGAUUUGUAAUUAUUGGUCAAUCUUGUAGUCGACCCACGUGUAAAUUACAAAGUCCUGAGUAAUGAGGACAGAAGGAGCACCUACGUCACAGUCUUCGAUGAAAUGUUUUGUGAGAAUGGAUUCUGAGGGUAGGUUCUAAUUAACGAUCUUCGGAUCAAAAACCAAAUAUUUAAAAAACGGAUGCAAGAGGGCGCCUUUUUGUAGUCUCGAAGGGGGUAGGUUCUAAUUUACGAUCUUCGAAUCAAAAACCAAAUAUUUAAAAAACGGAUGCAAGAGGGCACUUUUUGUAGUCCCGAUCCUUAUCAGUGCUAAUAGGUUAAAACGAGAGAAAAACAGAAAACAAAACAAAAACAAAAACAAAAAAAAAUGAAAUAAAUAAAACAUAAAACCAUAAAGGAGAGGAAGAGGAGGGGAGGGUAGGGGGUGUUCGCAGGAAAGAAUGAUGGGAAAAGCAUUGUUAUCCAUAGUAUCUAAGAAAAGUAAUGGCCUCCUCUCGGCCUGAAUCUAAUUCUGCUAUUGUAAAGUUUAGAGGCACUUUUAAAGGAAGUAAGCUCGCUGGAGUUGCUCAAUGCCGGAUUUUUUGCAAUUGUAUAUAUUAUGUGUACAUGAUUUCAAUAUUCUAAAGAAAAAAAUCUACCGUUUAACCACGUGUCGUCUUUGAAACUUUCUGUUAUCUUCCAAGCGAGUUUCUUUUUAGAAAAAUUUGACCGGGAGAGAAAGAUACAUUAACGAUGUUAGAGUUCGAGUGGUUAUGAAAAAUUAUAUUAACGUUUUUGUUCGGAACAAAAACACCCAACGAAGCACGUACGGACUAGCUUAAAGUUGGAAGUCCUGGGAUUUCAACACCGCCAUAACAAAAUUACUGAAAAGUUGAAACCGGAUGCCUUUGAAAACUUUUCUCGGUGUUUACGUAACAGUUCGUACGUAAGAUGAGAUGGAAUUACAAACGUAAUAACCUUCGUGUACUGUUUACUGCCAUGAAGCGAAUGCAAACGGAGAAAGAGUGCAAAUGCUCAUAUUCCUCUUUUAAACAGGAUUAGGAAGAUAAAUCAGAAAACGAAUGAGACAACACGGGCUGAAAACCAAUUUCAUUUCAAAUUUUAGCUUUUGCGGAUUAUUUCAAACGAAUUGGAGUAGAGCUUUAAGAUGCUAAAUAUAAAUGAUAGUUAUGAUGACAACUGCGGCCUCUACUAAUAAAUUUUAACCAUAUCAAUAUACUUCAGUCAGCAUUGUUUUAACUUUUCCUCUACUUUGUUAAGGAAAUUUUAUCAUGAACUUAUAAUUACGGUUCAUUCUAAUACCCUACUAUAUAAAGCUUCCACGUAUACUCUGCUUACUAAAUUACGCAGAACCUACAAUUUUUCUUUUAUUUUUAUUCUUAAUUUUUUUAAAAUUAUUUGUGUUUGUUUUCAAGACAAAUUAUUAAAAGUAAAGGUAUAAUGAAAAAAAAUUCAGCAACCGUUUCUUCAUAAACUCCUGCGCUUAGAAAAUGAAAUAGAGGCAGUGCAUAAUUCAAGGUACGAAUAAAAUGUAUUUUUUGUUUCGCCGCCUUGAUGUUUUACAAGCCUGCCGCUCAAAGUUCCCUCAUUAUUUUAAGACCAUCAGUACUGUAAUGUUUCCGUCAUGGCCAAAAAGGCGUUUUCCUUCAGCGUUAGUAGCAUUGCUAUGGCAAGCGGCGUUUGACUUCCCGAAGCGAUUAUUUCAUGAAUUCUUGAGUAAAAACCAGGCAAAUCAUAAUUUACCCUUUGUUAAGUAUAAGAUGCAAGAUUUAGGAUGAAGACAAUAGCAUAUAAAAUGCUUCGCAAGGUACAUCUUGCAAGCUUCACCACAAUACUCAGCAUUUCCUUGAUUGUUAAUUCCGUAUAUUUCCUAUGCAUGUGCUUACUUCGUUCUAAGGCGCCACUGAAACACAGUCAACCAAUUAAAGAUGAAUCUUAAUCAUUGGAAAGUACAAUUAUUUCUCUUAACAAUAACAAUUUUAUUCAUAAUUAGAACCUAAAAUUAUUUUAAUGGUAGCACUAUUUAGAUGGAUAAAUGGCUGAUUUCUCAUAUCCUCACGUUGUCGUUGAUGUCCGAUUUUUUGAAAAAACAUUUUGCUCUUUUUAUGAUAAACAUCGCUUUUCAAAGAUUAUGAGUACUAAAUCUGUGACAUUUAGUUUUCUCUAUCUUAUAUUGCAUACCGUUGUAUAUUUAUCUUGACUUAGUAGGCGUGUUAUCUUUCACAUAUUGACGAAUGCAGCGAGGCUCAUGUUUAUAAUAUAAAAUAAUGCCAUCCGAAUGCCUCUUGCAUUAAUACCCAGGGCUCAUACAACUGUUCUUGUAACCCACAUCUUAUCGGGAAUGGUGUUAAGUAUUGAAGUACGUUUGUUAUCUAUCAUGCCAUUAAAUUAAUUAUGAUCCUGAUUGGUUUGACUCGAUCUGAAUCAUCUCUACUCAGGUGGUCAUUAACGACCAUAUUGCUGCUUGGUUAUAAGUGAACUACGUUACCUGCACCUUUAGUUUACCGAAAGCUGUCCUUUAAUGCGCUAUAGAACAAAAAAAAAAGAAAACAUGAAUUAAGAUACUGCUAUCUAUGGUUAAUAAAUGUAUUUCUCAUAUUGAUUUUUUAGCCUCAUAGUAUUGUUAAGAGUAAAAUUUACUCUAACACUCGUUCUGUUGACUUUUUCUUUAUUCUAACCUUUUACACUAGCUGUCACAACGGGGAAUAGCUCUGAUCUCUCGAGGAAAAAAUGAGGGUCACCGUAGAAAGAAUAUUUCCAGGAAACUCCUGUGCAGGAUCAAUUUUUAUAGGGUAGAGUCAUUUUCUUUGUAAUUAAUUGUUUUUGAACAACAUGAUGAAAGGAUACCAGUAACUAGUCGCAAACCGCAGUUUACGCAAAACAUCUGUCUCCAUGUGAAAUUCACGAUCAUAUAUAUUAAGGAAAAGGUGACCAAACUCUAUUUGUAAGAUAAGACCACAAAAAGGAAUAAGAAAUGAUCAACUGGCUUAUUACAAUGUUAACGGAAUGGAAUAUAUUAUUUCCAUUCAUUCCCCCAACACCAAUAUUGGAAACGCUUACAAUAUUUUUAGAUUAGAUAUAUUCCCAUUUUUAUCGUUUAACAGUAUGAUAUCACAUGACCUCUUACUUAAUGCAAUCAAUAAUUUCUAAUAACUUAAAUCCUUUUGUAAUUAUCAUUUCACUGUGUAGCCGAUCCUUGUUAUCAUUACAAAAACCUGAGUGAUGCCAAUCGAAAUAGAAUUCACAAAACACUGUUACAUGGAUCAACGUUUUGUGACAGCCAACUCCCUGUGGGAUGAUAUCGUUUUGUGGGAGCUGCAGGAACAAAAAUGCCAACAACGCGUGUGUCAAUAUUUAAAUGUGGUACAAAAUUCCCAGGCUGGUUAGAUGGUGCUCAUCCUACUGUGAAAGAUGGUGAAGUUUAUGGGAAGGUCUGCUUUAGUGAUCACUCUAAAGGUUGCUAUCAUACUACCCAAAUUUCUGUGAAGAACUGCUCAUCCUACUAUAUCUACAAACUUUAUCAGACGUCCAAGUGUCCGUUGCGCUACUGUGGCACAGACUGAAUAUGCAGAGAAGAGUUUCCAUAGUAAUAGGAUUCAUAAUCGUUGUAUUUUAGGGCCUUCGCGUCGCGAUGUUUAAUAUUUUGGUAGAUUUUUACGCUGUUGUCGCCUGGUAAAUGCUAUCAUUAAAAAAAAUAUAUAUAUGCAAUGAUAAUAAGGACUCAUGACAAAGAAAAGAACUUAUUUCGGAAAUCGACGUGUCAUUCUCGCUGUAUGCGUUAUCGAAAAGUAGGUUAAUAAAGUUUUCAAUGAUCGAACAUUAUUCGAUGCUUUCUUUCUACUGCAGUAGCAUCCAUUUGAACAGAAGAGCUGUAAAUAAAUAAAUAAAUCUGUUGCUGUUCCAUUACUUAAAAACCAUUAGGGCCUAGAAAAGAACCCUUCGAGGAGGGGCAGUUGAUACAUUUUUUGAUAAUCCUACCAUACUUGGAGACAUGUGACAAAAUUUUACAAAUAAUUCAUCUUAAUAUACCUAUGCUUCUUAGAGAAGAAAACUCGAGAAAAGAAGAAACCACUUGAUCAGUUACGGUCGUUAUUGGUCAGACUCGGCCCAGAGAGAAGGGGAUCUUAGUUCAAUAUGAUUGGAAAGACCAUAAUUCAUUUCAGUACGACAGUUAACGUUGGGAUUUUCGGUUGCUAUUCACAUAAGUUAAGAAUGUUCAGAAAUACAGAAAAUCUGGUAACUUUUCAUCUCUAAAAUUGUUAUUGCGAUAACAAAUAGUUUAAUGAGUGAAUGAAUAAAUGAUAGAAAUAAGACAUAUUGCAUUUUACCACAUUUUCUUUCGUUAAUAAUCUAUUUGCGUGUAUACGGCACUAAGUCAACGACUACGCUAAAUUAAAACAGUAGAUGACGCUGCAUCUUUUGCAAACUUUAAUUCACCAUUACGACAACCGAGAGCGUGUGUCCCAUGGUAGCCAACUUAACGUGAUUAGUGUCGGAGGGAAGUUUAAUUUUCCAGCAUGCUUCCACAGCAAAUAAUUAUAAUCAAUCUCAGUGAAGUUGCACACGACUACUAGCCGUGGUCUCGCGCGCUGACUCCGAUCCUGACUCGCGUAUUUUACAUGCUGGCUCCCCCCCAAAAAAAAUUACUGAAAGUGGAUCGAUCCGUAAGGCGGAAAGAAAAACAUGGCUGUCGAAAUGACAGCUUUCCUUGCGUUUGCACGCCACCUUUUAUGUUCACAGUGAUAUCAUGUUAAAUCUACUCCAUUUAUUUUGAUUACAAGCGACUUAAAUUCAUGUUGUUGCGAAACGAAAUUUGUAAAAAACAAUCCUCUCGUCUAAUUUUUUUGUGAAUAACGAAUGGGGAUUCUUACCUAAAAAAACAUCAAACAUCACAGACAUGAAACGUGCGUAUAUUGUUGAAUUAGCAGUCCUAUUUAGUCCACAAUUACCGCUGCUAGACCCCAGUCUUUAAUAUAAACGCGUCGGUUUGUAUUGAUUAAUGCAUUACUGAAUAAUGGUAGUCGAUCGACUUAAAUUUAUGUUGCAUUGAAAACAUAAAUUAUAAAGCGCACUGUCUGACGAAUCACGGAAUAUUUUCAACACUAAUAUCGACAUCAGUGACCUAGCCCUAUAGUUCAUUUCUACUUUCUAUUAUUUGAUGAUUUCACCAAAAUUCUCCGAGGCUUACAAAAAUUGAUUCAAGUAAUGUUUUUUUUUUCGACAUGUAAACUAUGUUGACUUUUACAUGAGGGGAGCUAUAAAAUGUAAAUAGGGGAUGAAUGUAUAACCAUAAUAAAAAAAAAUCGUAGAAAAGAGGAAAGACUAUAAGACAAUUGUUUAAAGCCUUCCUUCGCCGGAGAAAAUGCAAGUUGAAAAAAAGGUUUGACCCUAAAUUGAUACAUUUCGAAUGAUAUACUGCAUGAUGUCAGACAAGAAUGGUUGGUCUCAAUGGAAAUUAGCAUGAGGAUAAUAACUGUUCAAUAAAAAAGAGUCCUAGGGAAUUUUUUCAAUUAUGUAUUUCUUCAUGAAACAAUCGAAAAUCAAGCACCUCUCAUCAAAGUUUUAGUUCAUGUUAGGGUUAGGCUUUUUUUCCACCGAGGGAUUCUCCAAAGUUUUUAAAAGUUUGACCUUACUAUUUAUUAGUGGAGAAAACAUAUUAUUAUCAUUAUUGUUAUCAUCACUAAAAUUACUGUUAUGUAUUUUUCCGAGCGAAAUCGCAAAAUGCUGUUCCCAGACUACCACUCCAUUGCUGAAAGGCGUUUGGUGAACCAUACUAUCGAAGAAAAACGUGUCAAGAACUUGGAUGACUGUGAGUUAAUGUGCUACCUGAACGACAACUGCGUGAGUUCUAACUUCAAAAAAGAUCCGGAGAAUAAUGAACCAGUUCACAUCUGUGAACUAAAUAACGCCACGCAUCCGAGAUAUGACAAUGACUUGACAACUGAUGCCGAUUUUUAUUAUCGUGGCUCGAAGGUGAGUUACAAAUCGGUUUUCGAAAUCGUCGCCUUUGAAUAAUAUGGAAAUAAUUAUGAAUGUUUAUGCAAAUUAUCGUGCAUUUGAUCAUACUGUAUUUAGUAUCUUCUUUCACUCAAACCCUCGACCUUUCUCAGUUAUCAUUUUAGUGUUUUUUUCUCCUUCAGAAUGCUUGUGAUAAGAAUUCCCCAUGCCAACUCCCUCGGGUAUAGUAUCGUUUGGUGGGAGCUGCCGGAACAAAAAUACCAAAAAUGCGUGUGCCAGCAUACAGAUGUGGUGCAGACUGGUCAGGUUGGUUGGAUGAUGCUCAUACUACAGUGGAAGAUGGUAAAGGUAAAAGGAAGGUCUGCUUUAGUGAUCGUUCUGACGGUUGCAAAUAUGAAAUCCGAAUUUCAGUCAAAAAUUGUGGAUCCUACCUCAUCUACAAACUUUACCCACCUGCUUGUUACUCACGCUACUGUGGUACAGAUUGAAUGUGAAGCAAAAAAUUCAAUGAAUAAGGGAACUCAUAAAAUGAUCCUCAGGUACACGUACUUCAGGGAUUCUGCGAAGUCUUCCAUAGAAUUUCUUCUAUAGAGAUUAUACGCCGAUGAUGUCCUGUCAACUUGUAAUCAAAAAUGCUUUGAAUUUCACAUUAUACAAAGCAUCUCUUUCGUAAUAAUAAUAAUCAUAAAUAAUCAGUCACUGCUUAAAGAAGUAAUAACAAACAAAAAAGAAAGGAGAAAAAGGAAAAAUGCUUAAAUAGUGAAAUCCUAGACGAGCAAGAACAUCAGUCAGUAUGAUAACUAACAAAAUAUGACGAAGCUCGUGUCUCAAAACGUUAGAGGCUGCAGUACAGGACGCAAUAUCUUGCACGGUAUGAUAAUUUUAGCUUCAGUUUAUUUUGAAAUUUAGAUGUCGCUUUUGUUUGUGCUAAUGAUAUGUUCAGUCUGAUAGAUGCUUUAAAAACAAAGCAACACGAUUAUGUAAGGACUAAAUAAGGUAUGGCGUUAAAGUUUAACUUUUUUUAUUGCAGUUUCACACUAAAAUGAAAAUCUUUCUAAGUUGAGGGGUUUUAAUUAACAAAUAGAGAAGCCUUGACUGUGCUCUGUUCUGUUGUAAAGCACGCAGGAAGCGGCUAGAGCACGAAAGAAGUGUAGGGGGAAACACGAGACGUAGUCGAGUGUUUCUCCCCACUUCUUGAGUGCUCUAGCCGCUUCCUAAGUGCUUUUCAACAAAACAGAGCACAGUCAAGGCUUCUCUAUUUGUUUUAUAAUAAAAUAAUCCGUUAAAUUCCCCAAGAAUUACUUUCAAUUUUCAAAACAAAUCUUAUUUCCAAAGCGAACAACAGUGUCGUCAGCAUGCUCUAUACUCUCAUAAAGCACGCUACAAUAAGCCAAUCAGAAUCCCUGUUAGAAUGGUUCAAAUAAUCUGAUUGGCUGUACAAGACUAAAGCUGUCAAAAAUGUCAAACCGUCAAAGUUCAAAAACCAUCAAAGUUCAUAUUCUGCAAUAGUUUACAAACUAAAAUAGCUCGGCAUGUCGAAUUUAACACUUUUGCCUGAAGUUUUCUAGUUUCUAAUACAGGAUCUGAAAGUGAAAUGUUCAGUGAAAUUCGGCCCAAUCGUGGCUCACAAAAAUACGCAAGUUAUUUCACAUGACAAGUAGAAAACAAACUGUUCAAGGCGAGUGAAUUAUGAAGGAACAACAGCCGAAUUCACUAAGAAAUGAAGAUCGCUCGGAAUGACAGCGCCGCAAAACUCGGUUGCAGUGACUGAUCUGGCCUUCCACUCAACGUAUCGGAAAGGUAAUCAGGGCAGGCUCUUAUUUUUUCACUCGAAGGGUAGUCGAUUUAGUUCCUGAGGCUUGCUCCAUUGCGAUGACCGAAGAUCGCCAUGAUUAGCUAGCCGCGAUAGACCUUAAGUCGCUCUGACACCGUCAUGAUUAAUAUGAAUUUUAACAGUUAUGCCAGGUUAUAUUUUUCAUCAUUCCUGUUUUUUUCUGUUUGAAAUCGAAACUUUAUAUUAUUAUACAAGUGUUAGCUGUGUUUGAUUUUUAUUACCACACAUAAACUCGCAAUCUAACUGAGUGUGAAAACCGUUAAAAAAACUCGGACUGUCUAUCUUGUGUUAUCUUUGAGGAUUUUUGUCUCUGCUCACGUUACAGUAACGUAAAUUACUGCGCCUGGCAUUUUUGCAAACCUUUGCUCUCUUGUUCCGAAAUUUCACUUUCAAUUAACGAAAGAAAAGCUAGAAAGAAGUCCCGGAAAAGGUCGGACAUAAUACGAUUUGGCAGAUGGCGUGACAGCUUUAGCUCAGUUCUAUGCUCUAUACUCUCAUAGAGCACGCUCUUUCAACCAAUGACACUACGUGUUAUAUCCGAGCUUUAUUAUAAAAGAAAUAUAUUACCCUUGUUCCAACCCUAUAAAACCAUUAAUCAUGGCGUGGAAAAGGAAUCCCAAAUGCCAGUGUUCAGUAUUUUGGGUUAAGGAUAGGGUAAGAGUUAAGGGAUAGGAAUGAAGUUAUACACGACUCCCUCAGUAGUCAAUUAUUUAUCUUCCGUGUCCGAGAAGAAAGUUAAAUGCAUAGCAAAUGAGAUCAACUCUUGCUACUUCUUAAUAAACCUAAACAAGAUUUAACGUAAAUCGAAGAUAAUCUACUCAAAGGACACUAAAAUAGGUUGAAUCAUUUUGUAGGUCAGCUGUUAAACUAUAUAAAUAUAGGAGAAUAGUGAAAUCAAUCAUUAAGUUUUAGAGAAAUUGUACAACUCUCUAUAAAUACAUUUAUCUUACCUGAAGCAUUUUCAACUGAGUGUCGUAAAGUGAAAACUAGAUUAAAUACAACGUACAUGAUUUAAUAAAGGUCUGAUAGCGGGAAAAACUAGAGAUAAUAGAGGAACGGGAAUAAGUUAGGACUUUUGACACUCAACUGAAAACUAUUAACCAGCUUGAAUUACAUGAAGUGCGAACAUGUAUAAGCUUUCGCAGUAAGGACUGCUUAAUAUAACUUUACGUACUUCUUGAUUUCUUUACAAGGCAGUGCUCAUAACACAAGCAAUGCUAGUGUUCAAUUGCAAUUAAUGACUUAAAGGUACUUAUAUCAGUUGCUGAUAUUAGUUAAAGGUUAGAAUGAAAUGGCCCAUUUCUCUUUUCAGGAGCUCAGAAUAAUUACUUUUAUUGACUGCAAUCUUCCAUAACCAUCCUGUUCCUUUCAGGCUGUUGAAAAAGUGAGACUGCUUGUUGUUCUAAGUGUCCCUGUCAUCAAAGAAAAAAUUAAGUUAAGAAUUAUACACAUUAAAUGAAAUAAAUGCUUUGCUCAUACUUGAUUCCGAGUUUAUUCUUCACUACGAAACGUGACGUUCACUAGGAGGCCUGGAUAACUCUUUGGACCUUUUUAUCGUGUCUCAACUUUCCACGAGCAAGGGAGUAUUUUUAAUUUUUGGUCAAGAUAUGGGAGUUGUGCACAGUUCCAGAUGUUGAUUAGGUGCAUUUAAUUGAUGAAUUUGGAAAAUUAGCGACCGAAAAGAUUUAGUUCUGCGGGAAGAACAUUUCACGCCGUGAUUAUGCCUGUGAUGAUAGCGUGAUCACAAAGGAAUAACAUAUGUGACUUCGCCUCUUAUAGGAGGCACUACUCACACAGAUUGUGAUUAGAAAUCACGACUGGAAAGCGUGAUCACAGACUGGUAAUUAGAUGUGGUCACGGCCUGGGAAGCCUCUGAUGAUAAUCUGGUCUCAAAGAAAAAUAACAUAUGUGGCCUUGCUUCCUAUAGGAGGCAGUAGCCACAAAAAUUGUGGUUAGACAUCAAGAGUGGAAAGCGUGAUCGCAGACUGAUAAUUAGAUGUGGACACUGCCUGGGAAACCGCAAGAUACCAAGUUGUUUAUGUGUAAUGAGCACGCCCCUUGUGUACUAGAGACUGCUCCUUUAAAAAAAAAAUAUUUUAAAGUUCUCUUAUUGAUGUAUUAAGUAAAUCAAUUUUCAGAUGUACUGUAAACUGUGAAAAAAUUCACUUACCGGAUCAUUCGUAAACUUCUUGUUUCCAGAACUGAGAGACGCAUUACUUAUUGUUAACAAAACCUUCGACUCAAUUUUAUAGCACCCUACAUUUCAAUCCAUCUUUCCAGAACGAAGAAAUGUAAAAACAGCUUUAUGCGCUAAAAACAAUUGGUCUCAAAGCUAACCGAAGAAAACGCUUAGAACAAACAUUUCAAUUAUGUUUGUUGAGUUUCCGUCGCAUUUAACUCCCCAAGAGAUGUUUACUAUGAGACAGAUUUUUUGCUCCAUUGAAACAUAAAUAUUUGGGGUCUUCCAUGAAAAAUCUUGAAAACAGUAGAACCAUUCUUAAACCAACCACUGGAUUGUUUUUUACCCAUUGCGUGUAACAACUGUUACAAAGCCGCCUGACGUUCAUGUCGCAAACAAUGAUCUCAGCUUGUCGUCGCAGCACAAUGGAUAAUUACCUACCUUUCCUGCUGGGGCGUAAGUUAAUUUAUUGUGCUGACCCGUGAGGGCCGUAAAAAGGAAUUUAUUUUUGGAUAAACUUGCAAGUUCGAGAGCCCAAACCGUAUCACUGACCACGACAAAAACUUGGUGCGGUAUCUUAAACGAAUCGAAGAGUGCUAGAUCCUCCUGGUACGACACGCUGCAUGUGUGUUCGUGCCAAAAUGGACAGAUUAUUAAAGUUAAAAAACUCUCGGGGAUAACUAAAAAAAUUGGAUAACUUCUUGGUUUAUGAAAUAUCAUAACAGUAAAAUCAGUUUGGGAAGGAUGAUUUCAUUUCUUCGGAUUAAUUUUAUAUUUUUAAAACUGAAAUACUCUUGGGGGAUAAAUAAAACAUAUGGAUACCUUCUUCGUUUUUGAAAAAUCAUGACAACAAAAUAAAUUUUUGCAGGAUAAUUUGAUUUCUUCGCAUUAAUUCUUGUUCGAAUUAUAGGAAUUAGGAAAAUUUUCAAUCAGAUAAGUCGUGUCAUUUUUUUCUUGUAGCAAAAACGUAUACUUUGAAAAAAUUCCGGAAAGCUGUCAUACCAAUAUGUAUUUGUCAACGUUUGAUCCACUUUACGGAAUUGUGAGGUAAACUAAUUAUGAAACGAAAAUUGUUUCCUGCACUUAGCUGUUUGUAUAAGCAGUAGACCACACCUUCUAUCAGUUUACCAGCGUAAAAACCCAAGCAUGAUGUUGGGAGAACACGUGUAAAUCACGAGUGAUUUAAAGACUUUUCGGUUAGAACGUAGGUUAUCCCUAAGAGAGUACUGUCUAUUGCUUCUAUAAAGUAAACUUAACAUAAAACCCAGUAUGUUUAAAUUUUGUAUGGGUUUACUGGUGCAUAAAAUGAUAGGAACUGAUCUAUUGGGAUGCUUGUAGGAUCUCAGUUAUUCUGUUAUGAUAUCAUGUUUUUAUUACACCCAUUUUGAAAUCACUGGUGGUCUAUGUAAUCUGAUUCGCUCUAAUUGAUGCGAUUUAUUCAUGAAUCGCACCAAUUUUUUUGCUUUAAAUCACAUCUUAUUUCCAGAACAAAGCUCAGCCAAUCACACCUGAAGAAGAGUCAGUCCUGUCGGAAAAAGGUCACUUGGGUGAUUUUAAUGGUAAGGUCUUGACCAAUGUCAACUUCAAAAAUUUGACGGAACAACUGGGAUUUCGUGGUCGCUAAGAACAUCACGAGGGCGCUUUCCUAGAUGUUCUGCAUCUCAACUUCUACUACAACAACAAAAACUGGAGAUCCUGUAGCUGUGCAGUGUAGCUAUUUGUAGUGUUUACCGUUGUACCUAAAGUAACUUGACGUAAGGCAAAGGUUUAGUAAGUCCACAAUGUCCUCUAUCGGUAGCGGUAGAGGGUCGGUAGAUAGUCAACAUGUGUCAACCACUAACGGCACCAUAUAAACGACUCAUUCACGACAUUAACAUUACAAACGAACAGAACGGAACGAACUAACUUUACUAGAGGAUCGAGACCGACCAAUUACGUUCGACUUACGCCACUAAAGUCUUACAGCCAAUAACAUCACGGCAAAACUGACCAAUCAGUUUUAUACAAACCAGACUUAGAACUAUUCACUUGACUCUGAUGACGACUUCCGCUCAGGUAGUCGAAACGUCAGUCACCACUACCGACAACAGUCUUUUUUUAGGACUACACUCACCCGGACUACACUUUUACAAACCGUGAAGUUACGAAUAAAUGACAGUGGAUAUAUGAAAAUCAUAUAAGCAAGGUAUUGCACAGCUCAUAGGUUCAAACCCCGCAAGGCCUGAAUUUUUUCCGACCUUAUUUUCGCUACUACUUAAGAAGUGUUCAAUGCUUCGAAGAUUGCUUUCAUAUUUAUUUCUUAAUCCGCAGUUCACUUAUAAGAUUUUUAUAUAUUCACAGUCAUUCUUGCUUUGUAGUCAAGAAUCUCGGCUGCGAAAACUUGAGAGAAAUUUCUAAGCUUUUAUGGCCUAAAACGAAAUCAAAAGUAACAAUUCCUUUUAUUAAAUACUCCGAAACGAGCCCACGCUCGCUGUUGCGCUGUGGUAAAUAUGCUAAUUUGGGUACUCUCUCUCGCACUUGGAGAAUACUAUGGUUCACAGCGGUAAGGUUUAUGUGGUCAGUUUGGCCCCCGCCCUAAGAUCUGUAUAGCCACGUUUUUCACAGAAUUUAAAGUUGAGACACAUUUUUGUUCCCUCGUAGAUAAAAGGAAAAUAAAGCCCGGAAUACUGCAAUUUGCUAGAGCUGAACAUGAUAUUAAAAAAAAAAAAAUCAAAACUGAGUAAAAAGAUACGAGACGGAGUUGACUCAAGGGUAAAAUUGUUAUUGAGGCUCCGGGUAACGGGCUUCUGUACGGUGUUUUUUUUUGCCACAGCGAAAACAACGCAUACUAAAAUUUUGCAGAAAAGAAGAAAGGUGCUUUGAAUGGAGCAAUUUGAUAAAAUGAAAAAUAACCCAACAUACUCUGUCAUUAUUGCAUAACAUGCUCAUGGUAGAGGUUUAAAUUUUUUUUGUAAUUUUUUACAAGAGAGAAAAUCAUCAUUAUUUUGUAAACUUCUUUAAAGUUUCCGGUCGGUCAAUCUAGGAAAUUUUGAGCAGAUGAUCAUAUCGCAGUGUGCAGCCUCGGAUACAUCACGCAAUGUAGUCUGAUAGCACCUGUUUGACGCCUUAGACGCUUCAAGCACGCAAAUAAUGUUGGUAAACAAGUCUAGAGCAUGUGAAGCUGUUUAAGUAUUACAACUGGUAUUAUAGUACAAACUGAUGGUAGAAAAAAAAUAUAAAGACUCAUAAAAGGAAAAUAAACCCGUUUUAGACAAUUAUGGAUGACUUAAAACGUCUGACAAAACUUCUGUCUUAUCAGUCUCAAUAUAUACUGUAACCGAAAAUAUAAAAUUCACCAAUUACCCUAGUCAAUCUACUCUAUUCACCUCGUUACUCUUGUCAAUCCGUUUAUUAGGUUAAAUUUUUCGCCCGAUAUUGUUUAACCAAUUAAGCUUUUUAUGCAAACAGCCCAAACAGGAAGAGGGAAGUUCAUUUCUAAAAUUAGUGAUCAUCUCGGUUUGAAACCAACAGUUUCUAUCGUAACCAUAGCUACCAGAGAGUAAUAAAAGAAAAUAUGUUUGGCUCAAUAACACUAGAGUUGGACACAAAAGAACGUUAAAUCUUCGAAGUUAAAUUGAAUUUCAUCUCAUGAGAAGAUUUGAUAUCCUCCCUUAACUCCUCUAUUUCUGUGUAGUUGAAAUAAAACGAAAAUGAAAUAUACCGAGAUUUCAAAUGUGGAUAUCACCAACAUUUGGCGAGAAAACAGCGUCAGCCACUUGAAAUGAACAAGAUCAUUAUCCUUGAUUUCUAGUUUCCUACAACGGGUUUACUUCUUGAAGCUUUUCUCAGCGAUAUUUCUUUAUGUUUAUAAUGACACCCCUUGUAUCUCCAUCACCACCGUAAAUAGAGAAAAGUACUACAUUAUAAAAUGUCAGUGCUGGCGGUUCCAAGCUCCUCAAAACUUGUAAAAAAAUGGAAACGACAGGAUAUUCCAUAAAACAACGAUAGGUGAUUUAAUACAAUGACGAAGCCUGCGGUUUGGGUUCAAUUUAUAAUAAAGAAAAAUAACGGUGGCGAAAAGAAUCUUCUGCAUUUGAAAUAUCCAACUUGCCGAAAACUAUGGUUGUUUUGUAAUUAUAAAGAUUUACGUUCACAAAUUGUUUUGUCUCAUCCUUAUCCUCAACUUAGAUUGAUAUGCGGCUCGUUUGAAUUCCGUUCAAAUUAUCGAAAAACAUCCCAUUUUCAAUAUAAAAAUUUCGGUUUCUAUUACUUAAUCCAUGAUUGAAUGCAGGUGGUCCACUCGAAAUGUAUGGCAUACUGAGAGAAUCAAUAUAGAGCUUCGUUGUCUUGAGGAAGCAUGGAAUUUUCAGCGUUUCUUAUAUUCGCAGUCUGGACUUCAUCGAUGACUUACUUGACGUUUGGUAAAGGUAAUCGAGUUGCAAAAUGCAAAUCAUUUGCUCUCCCUAUGUUCAUACUUUAGCCCGUGUAAUCUUAUUUCCCAUCAUUCUUUAUUUCUAUUUCGCUGAUUCACAACAGUUGAUUCACUGAGCUUACAACGUGUCGCUAUGACAAAACUAAAAACCUGAACUCAACAAAAAAGAUCUUUAAAGGGAAGGAACGUCAAACUUGAAUGGUAUUGAAAGGUGUUUUACUAUGAUGGGCCAUGUUGGAAAUUUUAAAAGUGUGUUGUUACAAGAUAAUAAAACGACUUCAAUCCUAAUGCUCAGCUCAUAUUUACAUGGACGGGUAAUCAAUUCUAUCAAAAAUAUUUCGUUUUUGUUUCGCAGGCGGGAAUUCGAUAAUUUGCAUGGAAGAAAAAUUGGCCGCUCUUAACUAACUUAAGCGAAGUCAUUUUUAUAGACGAACAGUGCUGGCAUUUGGAGCAAACCACUCUUUCUGGUUUCAAGUAAUUGUUUAUAAAAAUAGGGUAGCCGGUCUCAUAAGCUUUUAGCCAUUUUGUGGAAUAGAAAAAAAAACUUCCAAGUGCUAAUUUUUGAAGUGGAGGCUUUAAAACUUGCCAAAUGAGAAAUAGCUUAAUUCAGAUGAUCCUUAAAAAACUUUUGCACAGAAGAUUCGUGCAAUUUUAAAGUCUUUUGUUCUUCCAAAAUUAAUCUCGCAGCAAAGAUACCCUAGAAUGAAAUUUAUUCAAGUAUAUAUUAUUCAGUGUUUUAAAACGCUGUUGCUGUGAUCACCAUUAUUCAACAGUAGAAAAAUUAUGUAGGUGGACGUUUUCCGAAAUGAGAAAAAGUAAAUGAAUAACUAAAAACGAUGGAAAAAUAAACGAGUUCUUUUUAGAAAACAAAUGUCGGAAAUAAAGACUUGAUUAUAUUCACCAUAGCUAAGCAACUCUAACAACCUACAUUGGUUAACACAAGUAAGAAUUUAAAACUUUCAUUCUAGAUUUAUACGUUUAGAAAAGUUUUCUAAACUAAUAUAAAUCUGCUCAUUAACGCAAGACAGUAUGUUUAUCUUUUUUCGGAUUCAAUUCGCAUGAAUUUCCCCUGCUCAUGAUGACCGUCCGAAGAAGAGAGACACAAGGAACCUCUUCAGUGAUACAUUCCUUUAAUAAAUACUCAAUAGUUUAGCAACUGUUUAUUGAAACUGGUCCUUGAUUUUGUCAUGUAUAUGCCAUUUCGUGCAUUCGAUCAUUCAUUGGCAAAGAUCAUUUUGGUGCAGAACCCAAACAGGAAGAGGGAAGUUCAUUUCUAAUAUUAAUGAUCAUCUUGGCUUGAAACCAACAGCUUCUAUCGUAACCAUAGCUACCAAACAGUAAUAAAAGAAAACACGUUUGGCUCAAUAACACUAAAGUUGGGCACCAAAGAGAGUUGGAUCUUUUAAGGUAAGAAAUGAUCAUAUUUAAUGCAUGGAUAACUUGAGUUUGACUUUCAUUCCAUGAUAUAAAUUGGAUAUCCACCCUAGUGUGUAGUUGAAAUCAAGCGGAAAAGUUUAGUUUCCUACAACGGGAUUCCUUCUUGAACCUUUUUUCGGUGAUAUUACUUUAAGUUUAUAAUUACACUCCUUCUCGAAAUUGUAGCUCCAUCAUUACCGUAAAUAGAGAAAAGUGCCAAAUUAUGAAAAAGUCUGUGCUGGCCGUUCCAAGCUCGUCACAAAUUGUGAAACUGGAAACUACAGGAAAUUCUAAUGAGCGAUGAGAGAGGAUUUAAUGAUGUGACGAGGCCCGCUGUUUGGGUUCAAAUUACAGUAAAAAAAUAUAGAGUUGAUGACAAAAAUCUUCUUCAUUUCAAAUAUCCAACUUGUAAAAAAUUAUAGCCAUUUUUUCUCUCUGUACUUAUAAAGAUUUCCUUUCAAAAAUGGUUUUGUCUUAUCCCCCCAAACGUUGAUGAUUUUGAAAUAGAAGAACCUUGAAAAAUAUGGUAGUUGGUUAGCAUGGCUCCUAAUGAGAAAAAUGAGUCGGGAGCUAAUUGUUGGCUCCCAGGUCCCGUUAAGUCUGCAGCAGUUUUAUCUAACGAAGGAAAACCUGAAAAUUUUUUAUAAUUUAGAUGGUAUUCCAAUGAGGGCCUUGGAGGCCAGAUCCGAUACUGAAUGGUUUGCCUGAGUCAAAUCAUAAAUUACAGCACACAUUUUCCAAAUAUCAAUUUGCCAUUAUCCUUGAGGUGGAGGUUGCGCUUAAAACAACACUCAGAGCAUCGUCUCAACAAGGCUCUGGAUUAAGUAUAACAACUGUAUCGUGCUCAAUCAUUAUAAAAUAUUUGAGGGGUUCUGCCUUGGCACUCUUUAUGCAAUCUUGAUUUAUCGAGACAUUGGUUGCAAGUUUCUGGGCAAAUCUAUGGAAUUUCAGUAGUUUUAGGGGAGAUUUUCUGUUUCUUCAUACUAAAGAGCUUAUUAGAAUCUUGACGUCAAUAAAUGUGAUGGAAGAUAAAAUGACUAAUCACUGAGGACUUCAAAUUGGAAAACCAUCUUUAACUUGUUACGUUCCUGUAUUGCUUAGAGUAAGUAGAAGGUUCAAACACGAAAAUAUUUUGCUCGAUGCAGGUGGGUGGUAUCACAAUCCAUUAAAGAACGUGGCUUGUUUUAUAAUUUCUGAUCUAUUUCAAGAUAUAAUCUAAAUUGAGACUUCAUGUUUUUGGAAAAUAAAAGUAAACUGUGCAAAUGCAAGGCUAAUCAAAUUUUUUGGUGUAUAAGGUUACGCCAGCCUGUCUGGUCCUACACACCGAUUACCAUUAUCCGUAUGAUUUCGUGAGCGGGAAUGUCGGUACAUAAGAUUUUUAUAUUUUUAUUGCCAUGUUUUGUGAUUAUUGCUUUUUGUCAAUUUUUGACGCUUCGAUCAAUUUUAUGAGGUGUUUUCCCCUCAUAAUAAAAAGGAAAACAAAAAAUAAAAAUAUAAAAAAACAAAAACAAAAACGCUGAAUCCGUGGAUCGAUCUUGUAAAUUUGAAGGUGUUGUUUCUCAGAAACUCGAAAGAACUUGACUUUUUAUGUGACUGCAGUAACGGAGUAUGUUUACCUAAUGUUCUCAAGAAUAUGUUUAUAAUGUUAUUUCCUUAAACGCACUCCACUGACUAUAGUCAUGGAGCAAUUGAAGUUAAUGUUAUGGAAAUUUGUGUAGCAAAAUCCCUGAGUCUAAUCUGAAGGUAAACACCGAUAGAAUCGUAGCUCGCCAAAUCCAAAGUCUUUCCAUAUAUCCCAAACGCGUGCCCUCGUAUUUUAUUUGCUUCAAUCAUUUCAACGGGUCUGGACUGACUGCUAUUAAGUUUUUUAACAUCCCAUAUUCAUUAGAAAAGGGUCGGUAUCUAUUACUUAACCCAUUAUCGAAUGCAGGUGGCGUUAUUCUGUUUAAAAAUAAUUCAUUUCAGCUCGUGUUAUUUCCCAUCACUCUUUAUUUUUAUUUGCUGAUUCACUACAGUUGAUGCUCUGAGCUUAUAACUGGUCAUUGUGACAAAACUAAAAUCCUGAACUCAACAAACAUGAUUUUUUAAGGGAAGGAGACUUAGUCUUGUAAACUUGUUUUGUAGACACCAAUGGUAUUUAGCAAGGGUGUGUUAUUAUAAUACGCCAAAUCGGAAAUUUGCAGAAGUAUUUUGUUACAAAAAAAAAGAACUGCUACGGUGAAGAAUUGCUUCAUUCAAAACCACUUCAAUCCUAAGGCUCAGCUUAUUUUUACAUGGACGGGUAAUCAAUUCUAUCAAAAAUAUUUCGUUGUUGUUUCGCAGACGUGAAUUCGCUAAUUUGCAUGGAAGAAAAAUUGGCCGCUCGUAGCCAACUUAAGCGAAGUCAUUUUUAUAGACGAAAGAUGCUGGCAUUUGGAACAAACCGCUCUCUCUGGUUUUAAGACAUUGUUUAUAAAAAAAGGGUAGCCGGUCUCAUAAGCUUUUAGCCAUUUUGUGGAAUUGAAAAAAGUCUUCCAAGAGCUAACUUUUGAAGUGUAGGCUUUUAAACUUGCCAAAUAACAAAUAGCUUGAUUGAGAUGAUCCUUAAAAAAACUUUCGCACAGAAGCUUCGUGUAAUUUUGAAACUUUUUGUUUUUCCAAAAUUAAUCUCACAGCAAGGAUCCCCUAGACUGAAAUUAUUCACGUUUAUAUCAUUCAGUGUUUUAAAACGAUGUAGCUGUAAUCAAUAUUUUCAACUUCUGAAAAAUGAUGUAGGCGGACGUUUUUUUCGAAAUAAGAAACAAAAAAUGAAUGACUAAAAACGAUGACAGAUAAAUGAGUUGUUUUAAGAAAACAAGUAACGGAAAAAUAGAGAUGAUUAUAUUCACCAUAGCUAAGGAAUUCUAACAACCUACGUUGGCUAGCAAAAGUAAAAAUUUUAAAAUGUUAUUUUGGGUUUGUACGUUUCGAAACUUCGAAAACUGAAAUAAAUCUGCUCAUUGACGCAAGACAAGAACGUUUUUUUUCGGCUUCAAUUCGCAUGAAUUUCCUCUGUUCACGAUAACCGUUCGAAGAAAAAAGCCACGGGGAACCUCUUCACUGAUACUUUUCUUUAAUAAACCCUCAAUAGUCAAGCAACUGUUUAUUGAAACUGGUGCUUGGCUUUGUCAUAUAUAUGUAAUUCCGUGCAUUCGAUCAUUCAGGUGUUUAAUAUCUCAUACACUUUGACCAAGGAUGAUCUUCUUUGAAGGAUACCCUAGUAUAUCGCCCUCAUUUUUCUUAGAAACUUGGACCGUAUAGGAAACUUAAUUACCUUCUUCGACUGAACUCGCUAAUGUAAUGCAGAAGGAGCACAAUAGGAUUUUACGGGAGUCAGUCAUUAUAUAAUUAUAAAGCCUUUGGCACCUGAUAACAGACGACACUUUCAAGGAAUUAAUAAUAACAAUUUAUAGUCCAAGACGCAUGGCUCCAGUCAAUCCGUUGCGUUAGGUUAAAUUUUUCACCUGGUAUUAUUUUACCGAUUUAGUUUUUUGUGCAAAGAGCCUAAACAGGAAGAGGGGAAGUUCAUUUCUAAUAUUAAUAAUCAUCUUGACUUGAAACUAACAGUUUCUAUCGUAACCAUUGCUACCAGACAGGAAUAAAAGAAAACACGUUUGGCUCAAUAACACUAAAGUUGGGCACCAGAGAACGUUGGAUCUUUGAAGGUAAGAAAUGAUCAUAUUUAAUGCAUGGAUAACUUGAGUUUGACUUUCAUUCCAUGAUAUAAAUUGGAUAUCUACCCCUCACUCCUCCAUUACUGUGUACUUGAAAUAAAACGAAAAUGAAAUUUACCGAGCUUCCAAAUGUGGAUAUAACAAACUUUUGGCGAAAAAACAGCUUCAGCUAUUUGAAAUAAACACGAUCAUUAUCCUUAAAUUUUAGUUUUCUACCAACGUGUUUACUUCUUGAACCUUUCUCAGCGAUAUUUGUUUUAUGUUCCUAAUGACACUACUUCUCGAAAUUGUAGUUCCAUCAUUAACAUAAAUAGAGAAAAGUGCCAAAUUAUAAAAAGUCAGUGCUGGCAGUUCCAAGCUCGUCACAAAUUGUGAAACUCGAAACGACGGGAACUUUCAUAAAGCGAUGACAGAGGAUUUAAAACAGUGACAAAGCCCGCUGUUUGGGUUCAAUUUGCGGUUAAGGAAAAUAGAGUUGAUGGCAAAAAUCUACUUCAUUUGAAACAUACAACUUCCCAAAAAAAAAAUUUUUUUUUCUGUACUUAUAAAGAUUUCCUUUCACAAAUUGUUUUGUCCUGUGCCCAACUUAUACUGAUAUGCAGCUCGUUUGAAUCCCGUUCAUAUUAUGACAGAAGUGAUGAUUUGAAAUAGAAGAACCUUGAAAAAUAUGGAAGUUAAUUUGCAAGGCUCCCAAUAGGAGAAUGAGUCGGGAACUAAAUGUUGACUUGCAGGUCUCGUUUUCCUUAAGCAAUCCUAAUGUAUCGAGACAUAGGUCGUAAGUUUCUCAAAAAAAAAAUGAUGAGAUUUCUGUAGUUUAACAUCUACAGUUUACAGGAGAUUAAUUGUUUAUUCAAACUAAAGAGCUUAUUAGAACUCAUCAUUAAUUAAUUUUGACGUUAAUGAAUGUGAGGGAAGAUAAAAUGACUAAUUACUGAGGACUUCAAACAAGAAAACCAUCUUUAACUUGUUGCGUUCCUGAAUUGUUUGUGGAGUAAGUAGGAAGGUCAAACAAGAAAAUAUUUUGCUCGAUGUAGUUAAGCGGGUGGCACAGCUUAACAACUAUAUACACCAUAAUCGAAAUUCAAAAGGGAGUUUCCUUUACUAAUUUCGUCUACUUAGAACAAGACACUCACAAUCCAUCAUAGAGUGUGGCUUAUUUUAUAAUUUCUGAGUUAUCUCAAGAUAUAGUCCAAAUUAAGAAUUCAUGCUUUUGGAAAAUGAAAGUGAACUGCGUGAGUGCAAGGAUAAUGUCUUUUUUCAGCGGAUAAGGUUACGCCAACCUGUCUGGUCCUACACACCGAUUACCAUUAUCCGUAUGAUUGCGUGAGCGGGAAUAUCGUUACAUAAGCCGGAUCUUUUUUUUUUUUUUUUUUUUUUUUUUUUUUUUUUACCAUGUUUUGUGAGCAUUGCUUUUUGUCAAUUAUUUAUGUUUCGGUCGAUUGUAUAAAGUUUUUCCCCCCCUGAUAAUGAAACAAAAAAUAACAUAAAAUAAAAUUUAAAAAACGCUGAAUCUAUGGAUCGAUCUUUUAAAUUGGAAAGUGCAGUUCUCGAGGGAACUUGACUUUUGAUGUGACUGCAUUAUAGGAGUAUGUUCACCCGAUAUUCUCAAGUAUAUGUUUAUGGUGUUAUUGUCUUAACGCACUCCAUUGAAUGUAAUUAUGAAGCAAUUGAAUGCUAUGGCACUUUGUGUGGCAAAAUCCUUGAGUAUAAUCUGUAGGUUAACACCAAAAGAAUCGUAGCUCGCCAAAUCCAGAGUCUUCCUUUAAAGCAAAACGGAAAACAUCACAAAAGCGUUUAUGAGCAGAAAUUAAAACGCGUGCCCACGUAUUUUAUUUGCUUCAAUCGUUUCAAUGGCGCUGAACUGACUGUUAUUUACUUUGUUAAGAUCCCAUUUUCAAUGCAAAAAGGUCGGUUUCUAUCACUUAAUCCAUUAUUUAAUGCAGGUGGUGUUAUUUCUGUUUAAAACUAAUUUAUUUCAGCCCGUGUUAUUUCCCAUCACUCUUUAUUUUUAUCUUGCUGAUUCACAACAGUUGAUGCACUAAGCUUAUAACGGGUCGCUAUCACAAAACUUAAAUCCUGAACUCAUUAAACAUGAUUUUUAAAGGAAGGAACCGUAGUCUUGUAAACUUGGUUUGUAGACAUUAAUGGUAUUUAGCAAAGUUGUGCUAUUAUGUCAGUUGAUUAUAUUCACCAUAACUAAGCGAUUCUGACAACCUACGUUGACUAACAAAAGUAAAAAUUUAAAAAUUUCAUUCUAGAUGUGUACGUUUAGAAAACUUUCGAAAACUGGUAUAAAUCUGCUCAUUGACGCAAGACAAGAAUUUUUUUUUUCGGCUUCAAUUCACAUGAAUUUCCUCUGUUUACGAUAACCGUUCGAAAAAAAAUGCUAUAGGGAAGUUCUCCAGCUUUAUAUUCUUUUAAUAAACACAUAAUAGUCAAGGACAUGUUAAUUGAAACUGCAACUUGACUUUGUCAUAUAUAUGUCAUUUCGUGCAUUUAAUCAUUCAGGUGGUUAAUAUCUAAAAAACUCGCCCUCAUUUUCCUUAGAAACUUGGGCCGUACUGGAGACCUAAUAACCUUCUUGGACUGAAAUCGCUAAUAUAAUGCAAAGGGAGCACAAUAAGAUUUUACGGGGGUCAGUAAUUAUAGAAUCAUAACACCUUUGGCACCUGCCCACAUGGGACACUUUCAAGUAAUUAAUAAUAACAAUUCAUAGUCCAAGAAGCAUUAAUCCAAAUCAAUCCGUUGCAUUAGGUUAAAUUUUUCACCUGGUAUUAUUUUGCCAAUUUAGCGUUUGUGCAAAGAGCCUAAACAGGAAGAGGGAAGUUCAUAUCUAAUAUUAAUGAUCCUCUUGGCUUGAAACCGACAGUUUCUAUCGUAACCAUAGAUACCCGACAGGAAUAAAAGAAUACGCAUUUGGCUCAAUAACACUAAAGUUGGGCACCAAAGACCGUUGGAUCUUUGAAGGUAAGAAAUGAUCAUACUUAAUGCAUGGAUAACUUGAGUUUGGCUUUCAUUCCAUGAUAUAAAUUUAAUAUCCACUCUUGACUCCUCUAUUUCUGUGUACUUGAAAUCAAGCGAAAAUGAAAUUUAUCGAGCUUCCAAAUGUGGGUAUAAAAAACAUUUGGCGAGAAAACAUCUUCAGCUAUUUGAAAUAAACAAGAUCGUUAUCCUUAAUUUUUAGUUUCCUACAACGGGAUUCCUUUUUGAAACUUUUCUCUGUGAUAUUUCUUUAAUUUUAUAAUUACACCCCUUCUCGAAAUUGUGGUUCCAUCGUAAAUAUAGAAAAGUGCAAAAUUAUAAAAAGUCAGUGCUGGCGGUUCCAAGCUCGUCACAAAUUGUGAAACUGGAAACGACAGGAAAUUCCAAAGAGCGAUGAGGGAGGAUUUAAUGCUGUGACGAAGCCCGCUGUUUGAGUUCAAAUUACAGUAAAAAAAAUAUAGAGUUGACGACAAGAAUCUUCUUCAUUUGAAAUAUCCAACUUGUCAAAAACUAUGGAUGUUUUUUCUCUCUGUACUUAUGAAGAUCUCCUUUCAAAAAUGGUUUUGUCUUAUCCUCCAAAAAUUGAUGACUUUGAAAGAGAAGAACCUUGAAAAUUAUGGAAGUUGGUUUUCAUGUCUCCUAAUCAGAAAAAUGAGUCGGGAACUAAUUGUUGGCUCACAGGUCCUGUUAAGUCUGCAGCAGUUUUCUCUAACGAAGGAAAACCUGAAAAUGUUUUAUAAUUUAGAAGGUAUUCAAUGAAGGCCUUGGAGGCGCUUCGAUCAAUUUUAUGAGGUGUUUCCCCUGAUAAUUAAAAAAAAAAAAAGAAAGAAAGAAAAAAAAACCAGAAACGCUGAAUCCAUGGAUCGAUCUUGUAAAUUUGAAGGUGUUGUUUCUCAGAAACUCGAAAGAACUUGACUUUUUAUGUGACUGCAGUAACGGAGUUUAUUUAUCUAAUGUUCUCAAGAAUAUGUUUAUAAUGUUAUUUCCUUAAACGCACUCCAUUGACUAUAGUCAUGGAAAUUUGUGUGGCGAAAUCCCCGAGUCUAAUCUGAAGGUAAACACCGAUAGAAUCGUAGCUCACCAAAUCCAAAGUAUUUCCAUAUAUCCCAAACGCGUGCCCACGUAUUUUAUUUGCUUCAAUAAUUUCAAUGGGUCUGGACUGACUGCUAUUAAUUUAGUUAACAUCCCAUAUUCAAUACAAAAGGGUCGGUAUCUAUUACUUAAGCUAUUAUCGAAUGCAGGUGGUAUUAUUUCUGUUUAAAAAUAAUUCAUUUCAGCUCGUGUUAUUUCCCAUCACUCUUUAUUUUUACUUGCUGAUUCACUAUAGUUGAUGCUCUGAGCUUAUAACUGGUCAUUGUGACAAAACUAAAAUCCUGAACUCAACAAACAUGAUUUUUUAAGGGAAGGAACCUUAGUCUUGUAAACUUGUUUGUUGACAUUAAUGGUAUUUAGAAAGGGUGUGUUAUUAUAAUGAGCCAUUGAGAGUCUUCACACAAUCCUGAUGCAUCGAGGCAUAGGUCGUAAUUUUCUCAGCAAAUUUAAUGAAUUUCUGUAUUUUAAGAUCAGGCGUUUACGAGAGAUUUUCUGUUUUUUCAAUCUAAAGAGCUUAUUAGAACUCGUCAUUUAUUGACUUUGACGUUAAUGAAUGUGAGGGAAGAUAAAAUGACUUAUCAAUUUGGACUUAAAAUUAUUUUAGUUUUGUGCGUUCCUGUAUUAUUUCGAAUAAUUAGCAGGGCAAACGGGAAUAUAUUUUGUUCGAUGUAGUGAAGCGGGUGGUACAGCUUAACAACUACAAACACGAUAUUCGAAAUUCAAAAAAGUUUCUCUUAUUAAUUUCGUCGAAUUAGAACAAGAGAAUCACAAUCCAUUAAAGAACGCGACUUAUUUUAUAAUUUCAGAUUUAUUUCAAGAUAAAGUCUAAAUUAAGAAUUCAUCUUUUUGGAAAAUGAAAGCGAAUUAGGUUAAAUUUUUCACCUAGUAUUAUUUUACGAGUCUAGCUUUUGGUGCAAAGAGCCAAAACAGGAAGAAAGCAGUUCAUUUCUGAUAUGAAUAAUCAUCUUCGCUUGAAACCAACAGUUUCUAUCGUAACCAUACCUACCAGAAAGUAAUAAAAGAAAGCACGUUUGGCUCAAUAACACUUAAGUUGGGCGCCAAAGAACGUUGAAUCUUUGAGGGUAUAAAGUGAUAUAUUUAAUGCAUGGAUAACUUGAGUUUGACUUUCGUUCCAUGAUGUAAAUUGAAUAUCCACUCUUAACCUCUUUAUUCUUGUGCGGCUGAAAUAAAACGAAAAUGAGCUUUCAAAUGUAGAUAUAACAAACUUUGGCGAAAAAACAGCUUCAGCUAUUUGAAAUAAACAAGAUCAUUGUCCUUAAUUUUAGUUUCCUACAAGUGUUUACUUCUUAAACCUUUUCUUAGCGAUAUUUGUUUAUGUUUAUAAUGACACCCCAUGUAGAAAUUGCAGUUCCAUCAUUACCGUAAAUAGAGAGAAGUGCCAAAUUAUAAAAAAGUCAAUGCUGGCGGUUCCAAGCUCGUCACAAAUUGUGAAACCCGAAACGACAGGAAAUUCCAUAAGUGAUGAGAGAGGUAUUACUGCAGUGACGAAGCCCCCUGUUUGGGUUCAAUUUACGGUAAAGAAAAAUAGAGUUGAUGACAAAAAUCUUCUUCAUUUGAAAUAUCUAACUUGCCAAAAAUUACAGUUGUUUUUUUCUGUACUUAGAAAGAUUUCCUUUCACAGAUUGUUUUUUCCUAUCCCUCAACCUAGACCAAUGUGCAGCUCGUUUGAAUUCCGUUCAUAUUAUGACAAAAGUGAUUAUUAUGAACAAGAAGAACCUCGAAAAAAUAUGGAAGUUGAUUUACAUGGCUUCCCAUCAGAAAGAUAAGUCGGGAACCAAAUGUUGGCCCACAUGUCUCUUUAACCUUAGGUCUGCAACAAUUUUAUCUAACGGAGGAAAACCUGAAAAUGUCUUAUAAUUUAAAGGUUCUUCCAAUGAAGGCCUUGGAAGCCAGAUCCGAUACUGAAUGGUUUGGAUGAAUCCAAUCAUAAAUUACGGUACACCUUUUGCAAACAUCGGUUUGCUAUUAUCUUUGAGAUGAAAAUGGCGUUUAAAACAACUUUCAGGGGUUCUUCUUCGACAAUCUUUAUUCAAUCCUUUUGUAAUGAGACAUAGGUCGUAAGUUGCUCACAAAAUUUAUGGAAUUUUUUGUUGUUAAAUAUCCACCAUCUACAGGAGAUUUAUUGUUUGAUUUGUUCAAACUAAAGAGCUUAUUAUAACUCGUCAUCAAUCAAUUUUGACGUUAAUGAAUGUCGGGGAAGAUGAAAUGGCUAAUAACUUAGGACUUCAAAUUAUUGCGUUCCUGUAUUAUUUCGAGUAAUUAGGAGGGCCAAACAAGAAAAUAUUUUGCUCGCUGUAGUGAAGUGGGAGGUACAGCUUAACAACUUCAAACACGAUAUUCUAAAUUCAGAAAGGAGUUUCUCUUAUUCAUUUCGUCGAAUUAGAACAAGAGACUCACAAUAUAUUCAAGAACGUGGCAUAUUUUAUAAUUUCAGACAUAUUUCAAGAUACAGUCUUAAUAAAGAAUUCGUGUUUUUGGAAAAUGAAAGCUAACUGAGUGUUUUUUUUUUAGGCGGAUAAGGUUACGCCAGCCUGUCUGCUCCCACAUACCGAUUACCAUUAUCCGCAGGAUUUCGUGAGAGGGACUUUCGGUACCUAAGAUCUACUUUUAUUACCAUAUUUUUGUGAGAAUUUUCUUUUCGUCAAUUAUUGACGCUUCAAUUAAACUUGUAAGGAGUUUCCCCUGAGAAUGAAACAAAAAAAACAAAACAAAACAAAACAAACACACAAACGAAGAAACGUUGAAUUUAUGGAUUGAUAUUGAAAAUUGGGAGUUCUUAGAAACUCAAGGGAACUUGGCUUUUUAUGUGACUCUAUGACAUUAUUCACCUAAUGUUCUUAAGAAUAUUUUUAUGAUGUUAUUGUCUUAAACGCACUCCAUUGACUAUAAUUAUGAAGCAAUUGAAGUUAAUGUAUGGAAAUUUGUGUGGUAAAAUCCCUUUUUCUAAUCUGUUGAUGAAGAUAGAAUCAUAGCCCAUCAAAACCAAAGUGUUUCUAAUUGGCACAAAGGAAGACAUUGGAAACGUGCUCAUUCGCAAACUUUAAAACGCGUACCCACGUAUAUUAUUUGCAGGGUCAGGACUGACAGCUCUUAAUUUUGUUAACAUCCAAUUUUUAAUACUAAUAGGUCGGUUUCUAUCACUUAAAUUCAUUAUCAGAUACAGGUGGUCGAAGCGAAAUUUGUGGCACACUGAAAGCAUCAAUACUGAGCUCCGUUGUUUUGAGGAAGCAUGGAAUUUUCAGCGUUUCUGGUAUUCGCAGUCUGGACUUCAUCGACGACUUACUUGACGUUUGGUAAAGGUGAGUUACAAAAUGCGCAUCAUUUUCCAUCCCUAUAUUCAUACUCCAGCCCGUGCUAUCUUAUUUUCCGUCACUCUUUAUUUCUAUUUCGCUGAUUUACAACAGCUGAUGCACUGAGCUUAUUAACGUGUCGUUAUGACAAAAUUAAAAACCUGAAUUCAACAAAGAUGAUUUUUAAAGGAAGGAACCUCAGUCUUGUAAACUUCUUUUGUAGAUAUUAACAGUAUUUAACAAAGGCGUAUUAUUAUGAUGAACCAUAUCGGAAAUUUUCAGUUGUUGCAAAAAAAGUAAGAAUUGCUAAGAUGAAGAAUUGCUUCAUUCAAAACAACUUCAAUCUUAACGCUCAUCAGCUCAUAUUUACAUGGAAGAAUAAUCAAUUCUAUCAAAAACAUUUCGUUGUUGUGUUGCAGACGGGAAUUCGAUAAUUUGCAUGGAAAAAAAAUUGGCCGCUCUUAGCCAACUUAAGCGAAGUUAUUUUUAUAGAAGGACAAUGCUGGCAUUUGGAAUAGACCAAUUUGUACUGGUUUUAAAUAUUUGCCUAUAAAAAUAGGGUAGCCCGUCUCCAUAUAAUUUAACCAUGGUGUGAGAUUGAAAAAAUAAAACCUUUGACGCAAAAUCCUUUUAAAUAUUGCUUUUCGAAUUGGAGGCUUUAAAACUUGGCAAAGAACAAAUAGCGUAAUUGAGAUGAUCCUUGACAAAACCUUUGCACAGAAGCUUCGUGUAAUUUUCAAAUUUUUUGCUCUUUCAUAAUCAAUCUCACAGCCAGGAUUCCUUUGACUGAAAUUUAUUCAAAUAUAUAUUUUCGGUGUUUUUAAAACUCCGUUGCUGUGAUCAAUAUUUUUUCAACAGCAGAAAAAUGAUGUGGGUGGACUUUAUUCGACAUGAGAAAAAAAAUUGAUGAAUUAAAACGAUGAAAAGAUAACUGCGUUGUUUUCAGAACGCAAAUAACGGAAAUUAAGCAAUGAUUAUUUUCACCAUAGUUAAGCAAAUCUCACAACUUACAUUGGCUUGCAAAAGUAAAAAAAAAGAAAAUUUCGCUCUACAUUUGUACGUUUAUAAAACUUUCGAAAACGAAUACAAAUCUGCUCAUAGAUGUAAAACAAGAAUGGUUUAUUCUCGUCUUAAAUUUGCAUGAAUUCCCUCUGUUUACGAUAAUCGUUCGAAGAAAAGAGCCCCAGGGGAGCUCUUCAGUUAUACAUUUCUUUUAUAAACACUGAAUAGUCAAGUACCUCUUUAUAUAAAGAAAGAAAGAAAGAAAAAAAUGCACUUUAAGACCAUCCCUGUUCAUACUUUUCAGAUAGUAAAGGCUCACUAUUAGGGAAUUUAAAUUGUGUUCAUUGCACUGAUGACUACAUCAAAAAAUGCAAACACCAAUCAACUCCCUUUGUAGUAGGAGUUUCACAGAGUGUUUAGCUCUUCUUUUCUCUCGAUAUGAUAGACUCAUCUAAAAUCAUACGAGCUUCUUGAAUAGCCAGCUUCAUGUGAAACACGAAAUAUUUUCCGUAAAUGUUCCGAACCUCAGAAACCCCCAAACUCUCCGAUAAAGGUAGUUUUAUAUUAUGGUUUUAUUGUAGAAAACGGCGUAGCAAUUUACAAAGUUUUUAAUUACGUUUAACGAAUCGUCGUUCUUCUCACGGACUGCUUUGUUUGACUUACGUAUUUAACCCAUUUCCUACCAUAGUUUGCCGAUCCGAGAAUUUUUGCGAAGAGAUUUGUUCUUAGAACUUUUUACUCGAAAUGUAAUUUUUUUGCGACGGAAAAGUAUGUCUUAUAAUCAUAUUUCAAUUUGUCUAUUUUAGAGAGGGAGCGCGCAAUGAUGUUUCCGGACUAUUACUUCUUUGCUGAAAGGCGUUUGGUAAACCAUAUCAUUGAAAAUAAGAGCGUCAACAACUUGGAUGACUGUGAGCUAAUGUGCUACCUAAACGACGACUGUGUCAGCCUUAACUUCAAAAAAGAUUCAGAGUAUAAUGAAGCAGUUCACAUCUGUGAAUUAAAUAACGCCACUCAUCUGAAAUACGAGAGUGACUUGACAACUGAUGCCAAUUUUUAUUAUCGUGGCUCGAAGGUGAGUUACAAAUCGAUUUUUCGAAACUGUCGCCUUUGAAUAAUAUAAUAACAAUAAUUAACGUUUAUGCAAAUUUUCAUAUAUUCGAUAAUUCGAUACUUUGUUUCUUCUUUCAUUUAAAUUUUUCUUCUUCUUUAGAGCGCUUGUGACAAGAGUCCCUACUGCGAAAAUAACGCAACUUGCCAGUCUGGAUUUACACUCAAGGGAUUUCAAUGCUUGUGUCCUCCUGGAUUCGAGGGAGAACAUUGUGAAAACGGUAUGAGUUUAAGUCAACACUUAAAAUGAACGUAUAUGAGAUUUUUUCUGGUUUUCAAGGCUGGUAUGACAACUGUUCUUUAAUUGCUAAAAGUGGCGUGAAUUUGUCUCAUUGCAAAAAGUGCUGAAUCUUAGAAUCUAAGGAAAACUUCUUCCUAUAUUUUAUUGAGCGUGUGUAAUGUUUUCUUCGUUCGCUCGUUUGUAUAUUUUCUUUUUGUUUUGUUUUGGUUUUUUUGCUUGUUUGUUGUUUUUUUGUUUUCUUUUUUGGAUUUGUUUAGAGCAGUUUAUAGCGUAUGCUUAAUAUAGCCUCUACUAUACCAAUAUGAAAAAAAUUUUAAAAAUAGCAGUUUGACUUACAGGUCCAACCCGAGAAUCGCAUUAAACCAAAAAAUUGCAAACGAGUAUUCCACUUUUUUCAUAUACAUGCACAUGUAUGACUUUUGCAUGAAAAACACAUCCCAUUUUUCAUUCUUUUCUCUUUCUUUUUCUUCUUCUCCUUUUUUUUUUUUUUUUUACAGAUGUUGACGAAUGCAAAACAUACCCCGACAAAUGUCAUGUAAGUGCUCUUUGUAACAACACGCACGGAUCACACGUUUGCACAUGCAAACCUGGAUAUACUGGAGAUGGACGCAACUGUACAGGUACAGUCAAUCAUUUCAGAAGCCUUCAUAUUCGUUUUGACCAUCAUAAUGAAUUUUUGUCUGUUGUUGUUGUUUUUUUUAAAGCACCUAAGAAGUGGCUAGAACACGAACGAAGAGUAGAGAGAAACACUAGACGUAGUCGAGAAGCAUUUGUGUCUCUGCUCACGUUAUGAUAGCGUAAAUUACAGCGCUUGGCAUGUUUUGAAACCUUUUAACCUUUUUUAGUUGGUUUUAUAUUUGGUUCUUCUGUUACUACUUCGCUCAUUCCGAAAUUUUACUUUCAAUUAAUAAAAAAAGAUAGGGAGAGGUUCGAGAAAUGGUCAGACUAAGUAUAUGUUUUCAGUACUCUGAUAGAGGACUCUUCUUCGACCGAUGACAGCACGCGUUAUAUCCGAACUUUAUCAUAAUGAGUAUUGGAUUAUUUCUAUUACACCGCCUUACAUCAUGUUACGGACCCCCUUCAUCGUUGAUGCUUUUUGCGUCUUUCUGCCAUUGGAUGGGCGUUGCAACAAUAAUAAACGACGGCGUGAAACGUUCUUUUGAUUGACAUUCGUUGUAGCUUGAUUAUGACGAAAUGUAUGUUCUCUUUCAGACAUCGACGAAUGCGGUGAGGCUCAUGCAGUGAAAAUGAACAACUGCCAUCCGAAUGCCUCUUGCACUAAUACUCAGGGCUCAUACAACUGUUCCUGUAAACCUAAAUACAUUGGGAAUGGUACAAACUGUAAAGGUACGUUU